CAUGUCACAGGGAUCGCAGGCCGCCGCAUUGCCUAAUCAUUUCCGAAAAACAUGACCGAGUUGACAGUUGUCGUGAUCUGCGGGUGGCUCAUGGCCAAACAUCGGCCGCUUGAAAAGUACGUCGAAUUGUAUGCCGCGAUGGGCUAUCGCACGUUUGUGCUGCACUCGAACCCGUGGCACCUCUUUCUGCCCCAAUCAACCGUGCAAAAGAAAGCGUUCCUGGAAUUCCAAGCUUGGGUCGAAUCGGAGACUCGCACCAACGACGCCGUCGUCAUUCUACCGCACAUCCUGUCCAACGGCGGAUGCUGGUCAUGGUAUUGCCUUGAAAACCAUAUUGUCCAAGCGGGCGUGCCGUUCAAAGUGCCGACGAUGAUUUUGGACUCGGCGCCGUCCAAGCCAUAUGCACACGGCACGGCGCCUGCCGCGUUCACAGCUCAAAUGAAGAACCCGAUCCUGCGCCAAGCCAUGAUGUGGAUUCUGACGGCCGUGUUUGUCCUACAUGCGUUCGUCGUGCGCGUGUGCGGGUACACGCACCCCGUUGAGCUCCAGUUUGAGCGAUUGAUCCAUCGCGACGCCGCCAUCCCGAAGCUGUUUUUGUACUCGGACAAUGACGUGAUGAUCCCACCGGACCAGAUUGAGUAUGCCAUCACGACCGCCAAGCAACUCAACACCCCUGCCGAAGCAGUCAACUUCGAAACGUCCAAGCAUGUCGCUCACUUGAGCCACAGCCCCGACCGGUACACGAAAGCAGUCCGGGAGUUCUUGGCCAAGUACGGUCGAUCCACCCCGAAUGCGCUUGCAGUGACUCCCGCGACAACGUCGAGUGUGUUUUGAUUCAAAGUUUCCUCGCUAUGUAAAAUACAAUCUUUCAAGACCAUAGGUAUAUGCAUGACAACUAGGAAU